ACGAGUCACAUCGCUCUCCUGCCUUCCAAUAUUUAAAAUUAUUUUUUAUUUAUAUGUAACCAUGUGCGAUUACUGAAGGUUUAGAGAUAAUUGCACGACAUCGAGACCCUGAAAUCGAUUGCUGAACUCUUCGAUUGAGUUAAAGUGAUUAGUGAUAAGGGGAGCGUUAAAUAAUCAUUAUUUGAUAUAAUGAUGAUCGCUGGACGAGUGUCUGUUGCUUUAUUCACUCUUUAUUUCGUCAUCUCAAUUAUUACGACGUCUGAGGGAAGACCGAGAAUCAGACACCACAGAGGCGACUCCAGAUGCACGAAAUGCGCCCCAGGAUGGGGUGUAUCAACAGCUUGCACCCCCGAAAAAGACACGGAAUGUAGUAAAUGUGCGCGUGGAAGUUACAGUCCCCAUCACAGUCUCCAGCCUUGUUGGAUCUGCUCGAGAUGUGGUCCAGGACUCUACGAGGCUCAUCCCUGCACCUCGAAAACCGACACAGUCUGCGACUCGUGUCACCGUCACGCCCUGGACAAUGCUGAUUACCACGGAAAGUGCAAGAGCCACAAGAGUCUAUUUCUGGCCCCUGAAGAUGCCAAAAGUACUGGCGAGGAGAGCUCUCUAGUUAAUGAGGACGACGACGAGCUCAACGACAACCAAGAGAAAGAGCGAGAAAUUAUUCUUGCUCAGGACAUCGAGGCUGACCUCCGUGCAGCCCAAAAGCACUCGAUGCAGAGGUUUUAAAAUCAAUCAAUAGAUAUACCCCAGAAAAAAAAAACUAGUCAAAACGGUGGUUCAACAGCAGUUGUACAUAUAUAUUUAUUCGAUCUGGAAAUACAAUUUGAUAUUUCGACUCACGAUGGAUAUCGAUGCCCAAUCGAAUUCACAAUAAUACUCGUUCACUCUUUCGUAUCAAUCACCUAAACUAAAAAAAAAGAAAAAAAAAAGUUCUAAAAAUCAAUGCAUUCUGCGCUCAGAAAUAAACAUGUACAGAAUCCUAACUAUUUUGCACUCGCAGUAUAUAUAUAUAUUUAUAUCAUCUCCAUUUAUUUUGAAAAUUUUUGUCUCUGUGUACAUAUUUAGUCGAUCACAUAUACAGUUUUUUGUAUAUAACCAAAGACAUUUUCCCAGCUCAUGCGUACGGUUUUAUCAAUAAUUUUAAUUGUAAUGAUUCGUUUUCUUCGUUAUGUGGAUUUUUUUUUAUUGGAUUAUAAUUCAUCAGUUUAUCAGUUCACCAGUUGCUGUUGCAUUAACGAGUGCGAAAUAAUGCCAGAAUUCAUCAUUUAAUGAGAUAUUGAUUAUUCUGACUGAUGAAAGUCAAUCUCUACAAUAGUGCCAAUUAUUGAUAAAUAUUGUAUCAUCAAUUUUCGGUUUAAAUUUGUCGAUCUCAGAGACGUUAAUAAGGGUAAACUAGUGAUCAGUUUAGAUUAGGAUUAAGUGUAAUAUAUAUUUUAGUAUUUAUUCAAUUAUAUAAUGUAUUUGGUUCGGCGACUCCGAUAAGACGCGCGGUCGUACGAUUCAUUCAUCAUCAAACGGUUGUUCUAUUGUUUCAUCCCGUACAAUUGUCAAGCAGCCUGAUCCAGAUGGUUUUACAGAAUGAUAUUGAUGAUGUAUUGUCGUGACAAUUGUAUGAGCGUUUUGUGUUGAGCCAGUGGAGAAAUUAGAGCGAAAGACGAGCCAAAAGCUGAACGCUUAUCAAUUAUUAUCAAUUUGUUAAUCCAACUGCGAGCGUAUUCUGAUGUGAAAAUUUCUAAUUGGAGUCUUCAAUGGGAAAUUGAAAAAUCAUUGUAUCUCGGGAGCUUCCACCAUCUCACAAGAAGUUCCAAUAAUAUGGAAAUCAACUUUCCAUGGGCACUGAACACCCACAUGAAUUAUUCAGCAAAAGUCUUUCCAUAAUUUUGUCAUGAAAUUCCAGUAGUUCACCUGGAAGAAUGAUAAGUGAUUUCGAUUUUAUUCCGGUUCAAUUGAGCUAUUUGCAUUAAUUUUAUCCAUUCAAUAUGAGAAUUAAACAGGAAAUAUUGCGCUAUUAAAAUAUUAUUAAUUUUUCACUGAGAAAAUACCGGAAAACUGAAGAAUUCAAUAAUUUCGGAAUUUUUGUUUUUGAUCGAAUGGAAAUCGAUUGGGAGAAGUGAUCGAUUUGAAGAUGGCAAUUGAAAUUUUCAACAGUUUAUUUUCGCUGGUGGUAAAUAAUGGGAAUUUUAAGCGUGUGAUGAUAUCACGAAUUUAAUGUGAACGGGCAGUCUUAUUUCACUUUCAAAUUGUACGAGUUUAGUCGGUAAGGGCUAAUGUACUUCUUUGUAAACAUUACAUCAUAAACACACAGUUUCGUUCA